AUGGAUCUCAUCUUCUACCGAAGCAACGGCGCCAACCCCUUCAGCCUCGAGGUCGGCUACUUCGACACCGUCCUCGAAAUCAAGGAGAAGAUCCAGAAGGAGCACGGCUUCCCCGCCCCCCUCCAAACCCUCGUCUUCAACGGCGCCAUCCUCCGCGACGACCUCAACGUCCACCACUCCGACAUCCUCGACCGCUCCCGCAUCCACCUCCUCCUCCCCCCCGACCACCCCCCCUCCAAGCUCCGCCUCCUGUUGAAGCUCCCCUCCUCCCCCAAGCUCGUCGCCCUCGACGCCGACGCCAAGGACACCGUCCGCCGCCUCAAGGAAAAAAUCACCGAGCUCGAGCUGUUGAAUGCUCCCGUCUCCCGGAUUGUGGUCGGGAACGAGCUUCCCGACCACAAGACGCUCGGGGAGUGCGACCUCGGGAAUAAUUCCGAGGUCGCCGUGGGGCUCCGCCCGGGGAUGGGCCCGGGCGGAGCGGGCGGGUUGUUGAGGGUGGUGGCGCAGUAUGGGGCGGAGAAGGUGGGAGUGGAGGUGGGGCCGGGGGAGAAUGUGGGGGAGCUGAGGAAGAAGCUGCAGAAGAUGAAUCUGCCCAAGGAAGGGUAUUUCUUCAUUUUUAAGCAGAAUGUGAUGGAUGAUGACAGGUCUUUCCGGUGGCAUCAUGUGGGCCCGGGGGAUACCAUUGAGAUUUUCAGCGGCAGUGUUUCCGGUGGUUCAUGA